GGAGUUGCACUACUGUAUUUUUACGUAACUGUGCCUGCGCGCUCCAUCACCGCGUAGACCUCAGUCUUGCUACGCCAACCGCCUCGGCUGCUACGACGCGUAGCGGUCACGGAUGGCCGAUUGCUACGAAUGCUACGAAACUACAACUUUAGCUCGACUCAGCUAAAAAGUGUGUGUUAUUUAGUUAAAAAUAGAUUUUUAGUGCACUAAUUUUAGUGUUUGUGUUUGGUGAGUGUGAACAUGGACCGGUGUCCAAAUUGCAAAAGCAACGAACGAUGAUCUUUAUAUUUUGCAGAUUAUGAGGCGUCGCAUACGCGGCCUCGCCCGGGCGCCAUGUGGAGCGCAUGCGUGAUCCUACUCGCACAGAUAGUUGUAUGCCAGUUUGCUACAGAUAACCCUACAACACUAACAACAGAAGAGCAAACGGUCUCAUCAUUCUACCCUCUCAGUUCAGUACAAUCCCCUGCCCCAAUAAUGCUGCGCCUGGGCAAGUCCACCAUCGACAGCACUAAAUCUUUCAAAGUACCUCAGCCAUCUCCACAGCCCACAACCCAGUCGAGCUCAGACCGGCCGGCAGCUUUAGGCAAAGUUGUGGUGCCCCACGUCGUGUCAGUAUCGAGGAACACGUACUUCGACCACGAUCGGAGAUACGGGCCGACGUUUGAAGAUGUUCCUGAUGGAAAUGUUACGAAAAUAACUGUGCAGUUGGGGGAGGAUGCGCAUUUGAACUGCAGGAUCAGUCUGCUUCAGGAUAAAACGGUAUCCUGGGUCCGGCGCAGAGGCAGAGAUGAGAUGCCGGAGCUCCUCACAGUCGGCGCAGUGACAUACGCGGCGGACGACCGCGUCUCCGUGGCCAAGCGGUAUCCUGGCAACUGGCGGCUCCUUAUUAGGGAGGUGAAGCCGGCAGAUGAGGGAGUGUACGAGUGCCAGAUAUCCACGCACCCGCCAAGAGUCAGCAGGACCUAUUUGCAUGUUAACACUCCACAAGUGUGGGUUGUCGACGAGGCCGGUAACCCGCUCCUAGAGAAGUUUUACGAGGCCGAAUCCACUUUGGCACUGGUCUGCCGAGCGAGACACGUGGAUACCCCAGCGGUGCUCAUCUGGCUGCACGAGGGGAGGGCCCUGAAUGCUGAUACUACUAGAGGAGGGAUCAGCGUCAAGACCGAGCAAGUCCCAGGCGGCGCGGACAGCCUGCUUCGCCUCGCACGAGUGAACAGCAGCGACGCCGGGAACUACACGUGCGCCGUGCGAGGAGCUCGCCCUCACACCGUAUCCGUGCACGUGCUCAAUGAAGAAAGCCUAGCCGAGCUGCACGCCGGCUCAGCACACCACCCGGUCUCCGCAACCAUAAUAACGGUAGCGUUAAUAACGUUAACCGUUAUAACGUACGACAUAACGUCGUUAACGCCGUUGCUCGUCGCAUCAGUAGUCUACGCGACCAAGGGCCCAUCGAACGAAAAUGUUAUGGUACUACCCACGUGAUAAAUAAUAUUGUGUAAAUAAAUUAAGAGAUUAUUUAAUAAAUAAUAUAAUUAACGGUUACGGGGAAAUAAAAUUUCAUUAUAAUUA